CCAAGACUCACGGAGCCGUAGUCUCAUCGUUUCACCAUGAGACACUGGAGAUGCCAGCGCCAUCUUUGCAUGUGACACUGGAGCGGCUGGCAGGGCCGCCGCAGACGCUAAAGCUGGUGGGCUGCGAGACCGGUGGUCAGCUUCUCCAACAGUUGGAGCUCAUCGACCGCACGGCGGCCGCGUCGUGGCUCUAUGGUGGCUUUCCGCUGCUGGAGGGGGAGCAGUUGAAGGGGGAGAUUACUCUGAAAGAGGUCCUACCCUGGAGAGAUUGGACGUCUUGGGAUGGAGAUGAACUCUAUCAGAGACGUUUGGAGCAGCUGGCAUCCAAGAACUCCUUGGCAGAGAGACAGCUGCGGACUACACGGAGCCGACCGCCGGAUCUGAGCCUGGUAUGUUGUGGCCAGACCGAGACAGUGUGGCUCUAUGCGAACUCUGAUCAGUUGGCACGCGGAUUUACGAGCUUCACAUGGAGACGGCUGGUCUUAGAGCUGAUGGGCCUCCAGUUCAGUGGCAACAACACUGGCAAGCUGCUUCAGCUCAAACAGACCCAGAGGGACUUGGACAGCUUGGCACAUGCAAGGCAGCAGGCCGGGAUCAUUGAUCCCAAAAGUGAGAGGCUAAAAGUUCAGUGGCCUUUUGGCGAACACUCGCGUGAGGAGGUCCAAGAGGCACUGGCCAAACGGCUUUUGGUGCUGAAAGAGGCGGCGGCAGCGGCCGACUCGAGCGCGACUCCUUCACAGCGUAGAGAGAUGGCGGACUUGCUGUGCAACCUGGGCGUGGUCCUCCUGCUGAAGGCGCCUCCCUCGCUGGAGGAUCUCCAUCGCGCUGUGCAAAUUCUCCAGCAGAGCUCUGAGCUGGAGCCGGAGGCCACGGACACGCAACACUUCCUGGAACGGGCGAAGAUUCUACUGCGCUGCUUGCAGCCAGAGGAUGCAAAAGAGGAAGAGGACGUGGAGGAUUCGGAGGAGGCCGAGGCCGACGUCGACCUCACGCGGCGCCGCCCUCUGUGGCGCGAGAACACGUUGGCACCGGACACCUCGGAGAGUCAUCGGAGUCGACAGCUGCAGCGGAUGUGGCUGAGAACAUCCACUGGGACCUGGUUGUGCAAAUUGCGGCGAGCUCCAGUGGUGAUUUCUUUAAACCCAGAUGAUGCAUCAGCACCAGAUUUGAGCCCUCGAUGUGUGGAAGCCAUGCUCCACAUUUCUUCGAUGCUUCAUGAUGAUAUUCACCAGGUAGGAUCUGGUUUGGCUGGGCUGGUUUGGUUGCUCUUGGAUUAUGGCUUGCGAUGUAAGCGUUCGACCUUCGAAUCUUUGAAGGGAGCCCUGUGCGCAUGUCCUAUGCCAAGCUGCUUGGGGAUCGUUCGGCACUUCCACUAUGACAGGCCCGCUACGGGCCUGGGACGUGGGUCGAGUAGACACACGUUGCGGGGUGAAACGUUUUGACCACCUGGCACAAUCAUUCCGGAAGCAAACACGAAAGUGGAGAUCGUCCCCAACAGAAUGAAAGGCCUCGGAAAUAGGUCAUCUCUUUUUCUGGGAGGACCAUUUUCUAGCUCCGUUUUCAUGUUGGACGGGCACUUCCAAGCGGAAGGUUGAUCGGACGUGGUUUAAGGACGAUCCCCCCUCAGUUCUUGGCAUCCCGAUCUGGUCGGCGCUCAGGAGGCUCCGCUUGUUCUACGUAAAGACCCAGGGUCUCCACCCAAUUCGGCCCAGGAACGACCGACCGUGGCACCACCGCGUUCCGGGCGACCGGGUUCCGGACCGAUCGGACGUGGUCCGGGGACGCCUUCCCGGCGGCCCUGGACCCGAACCAGCUGCUACAUGUUUGAGGUCCGAAACCCUGGUUGUGAGGGGCCCUUCGGGUCAGUUUUU